AUGAACCUCGCCGCCAGGCAGGCGCCGCCAGGCAGGGGUGCGACUACUCAGCGAACGAACGCACAAGAUAUCCACCUCGAGAACCUCGAGAACCUCGAGAGGUUGGGGUGCGAGCCCUGGGAUGCCCUGGGGAUGGGUUCAGAGCACCAGGUCGAAGCCGCCGGAAGCACCAUCGCGUGGCGUGGAUUACGCUAUGCCGUGGCCAGUCGCUGGGAGGCGUCAGGCAUCGAGUCAUCGGGCGAGCAAAGCGAGGAUUGCUUGGCAGUGAACGUUUGGUGGCCCGCUGGUGCCAUGCCAAACAGCUCCAUCGUAUUCAUUCACGGUGGGUCGUUCGAGGUGGGCAGCAUCGCGCCAAUGUACAAUGGCAGCUUUUUCUACGACGGCGCUCGGUUGGCUGCGCAGCAGCACGUCGUGGUCGCUACGAUGCAGUAUCGCCUGGGCGCCCUCGGCUGGCUCGGGCGUGCCGGCGGCAAUCUUGGUCUUAUGGACCAGACCACAGCGCUGCGCUUCCUUCGGAAGUUGCUGGGAGUCGGCGUGUCGCGCACGCUCCUCUUCGGCCAGUCUGCAGGAUCGAUGAGCGUCUGCGCGCAUCUCACGGCAGCAGGCGCUGGUGCCGAGACCCUGUUUGACGCUGCAGCGAUGAUGAGCGGUGUCUGCCAGGCCAAGCCGAUGAGCGACGCUUACGAGCAAGCCGACGCCUUUGCACAAGCUGCGGGCUGUGCCUCUCGCGGACGUUGGAGUGACAGCUCGCUGCGUUGCCUGCGCGAGCUCAGCGCCGGAGCCGUGAUCGACGCGCAACGCAGGACGCGGGCACCUCUUCGCUCGAGCUUUCUGCCGUGGGGCCCGACGGUCGAUGGCGGGAACGGCACGCUGCCACUGAACCCCGCGACGGCUGCCAAGCGCGGAGAACUGGCCAAGGUGCCGGUGAUCGUCGGCAACACCGCGAAUGAGUCGUUCUGGGCCUUUGUAUAUCCGGGAGGCAUCGUCUCCCCCGACAGGCCUCUUGGGCACCUCGAGUACGCGGCGUUCGUCGCCGCCAUCUGCGCCUCGAGCCUGCGGCUCUGCCGCCUGUCAGACACGCCCCGCAUCCUGCGCCGCUAUCCGUGCGCAGACAACGACUGCUUGCCCGCGUUUACGCGACUCUUCCAGGAUGCCUUUGGCGACUGCAGCACCGCUCGUACAGCGCGGCACCUCUCGGCGGGGCUCCGUGCGUUCGCCUACGAGUGGCGAUGGCGCUCCUCCUGCGCAUCCACCGCCGCCUUCUUCCCGCCUUCAUGGGGCGCGUACCACACGUCCGACAUGCCCUUUGUCUUCGAGCCGUUUGCCAACUGCAGCCGCACGCCGGAAGGCGAGGCGCUCUCCUCGGCGUGGGGCAGCUUUCUGAGCGGGCUGCUCACCCGCGGCUUGCCCGACCAUCGCUGGCCUCCUGUCGCAACCUAUCAGCCGAAGCGCAUGGUGCUCGGCAAUUAUGGGGAGCCAGCGGCAGAGCCUUGGCUCUCCGUUGCCAAUGCGCCCACCGCCGACUGCGGCUUCUGGGACGAGCUGAGCUGGACGUUAUGA